GAUAGAAUAUGCUCGCUCCCUUCGGUGGAAGGUAGGAUUAUGGAUGAAGAAUCGGUCAUGAACUGGCAUGACCAGCAAAAUUUUUAUUUCCAUGUAACCUUGAAAAGUAUUAAUGUCAUAAAUGGCGGGAAUUAUUAAAGGCGGGAACCGCUUAAUUUUAAAAACUUUUUAUUGUAGUAUUUCAAGUGGGUUAAUUAAAAAUUGAAUAACGAAUCAUAAUUAAACGUAGGUUUAUGACUUUACAUGAAAAUUUCGGUAGGAGGGAAGUAAAAAGCGAAAAUGCCUCAUUGUAAAGAAAUUAAAUUGGGCAAUGUUUGGAGAUCAUGUAAUAAAAUUCGAUCGGCUAUUUUUCGCGUUGGUUUGAAUUUGUGGGAAUAUUAUUUGCCAUUGGACCAUGGAAAAACAAAUCUUAUUACAGAAUCGCAGUUUACUUCAGUACUAUCGGGUCCUUUAAAAAUAGUUUUGGCGUUAUCAGAUCAAGAAAUUAGUGAACUUGCUGAUUAUUUUAAAGUACCUGAUGGUCGAAUAUUGUACAGGCAGUUAUGUGAAGUAAUUCAUGGAAGUGUUCCAGAUUUUUCUAAAAAUGAACCACUGGUAAGCGGCUUGGAAUGGGAAGACCCCUUGCAAGUUAACCGCCUAAGUGGCACAGAAGAAAGAAGAUUAAGCGUUCUUAUUACUAAAAUAGCGUCCAUAGUUAAUCUUAGGAAGUUAUUGUUAAUGCCCUUUUUCCAAGAUUACGAAUUAGUAACGAAAAAUAAUGGCACCGUUACAAUAGCUCAUUUUGCGCGUAUUUUGGAUUACUUGAAAAUUUUGGUAUCCGCAGAUGAUUUUAAUCUUUUAAUUAAAAGAUACCAAAAGGAUGGAUAUACCAUAAAUUACAUGGCAUUUGUGAACGAUAUAGAUAAUACCAUUAAGUAUAUGGAAGCGUAUGGAAUUUUGGACCUUGGAGGAGAUGUUGUAAGUCAAUUUCCUGGAAGAGUAAUAUCAGCUGAAUUGCCAAAAUUACCUCGACCAGAAAUUGGAAAAAUUUUGGCUGCCUCGAUUUUCGGAAAACAAAGCAUUUUCCACCCUGCUCUGGAACCGCCGAAAGAACAAAGAGAUCUAAUGACUCUGAUGACAAGAAUACAAAGGCAUAUACUUGAAAACAGAAUAAGACUUUCGGAAUUUUUCGAAGAUUUUGACCCCCUGCGAUGCGGCAAAGUAACGGUGUCACAAUUUCAUCGUUGUUUGGACGCGAUAGGUAUAAGUGGCCUUCACCGAUUGUACCUGUCGUUACCCGAAAUUGAAACGAUCGUAACUCAGUACAAGGACCCCAUUGACGCUGGAAGAGUUUGUUGGAAAACUUUUGAAGAUGACGUAAAUCAAGUGUUCACUACUCAGGAAUUGGAGAAAUGUCCAUCUCCAGAAAUUGAAAAACCCCCCCAGGAGGUGGCUAAUCUUCCUAAAAUGGGUGCAAAAGUUUGGGAUAACGUGCAACCCCCAAUGAGAGAUUUAUGUGAGGAGGCGGUCGAAAAAGUCAAGAACAAAACUAUGAAAAGAGGCAUAUUACUCAAACCUUGGUUCAGAGACUAUGACAAGAACAAUAACGGUCAUGUAUCGAGGUCCCAAAUGCGUCAAUCCAUCCUAGCGAGUGGAAUAUUAUUGUCAGACGAAGAACUUUAUGCACUCGAAGAACGAUUUAACGACGAUGUUGGUUUCAAUUAUUUCUGGUUCCUUCGAGAAGUUGAACCAAAAAUGGAAGAAGAACCUUUGUACGCUGGAUAUGUGGAAGAAAUGAAAAAGGUGAACGCGCCGAAACGUCCGCGACCGGGCACAAACGACGAAAAGGACAUAAUUCAAGUGUUAGCGAAAAUUAAAGGAAAAGUCGUCAGAGAAAGAGUUAAUAUUAUGCAAUUUAUGAGGGAUUACGAUAGAUGUAACGAGGAGGUCAUUCACAGAGCAGACUUCGAGAGGGCUUUGUCCGCUGCUGGUUUUGCCCUAACACCCUGUGAAAUGGAAACCAUAACAGAAAUAUUUUCUUCACCGAAACGUUGCUGCUGCGUUGAUUACAAGAGAUUCUGUGAAACUGUCGAAGAAGCAUUUACCCAAGCAUGUCUUCAUAGGGCUCCUCUAAUAAUACCAUUACAACACGUUCCAGCAAAAGACUGUACACGAAACUUCCUCAAUUUCGAUGAGAGACAAACUGUUAAUAACGCUUUGCAAAAAUUAUGCAAGAAACCUGAUCUCAAGACGAAUCUUAUGUCGAUCUUUACUGAUUACGAUAAAACGAAAUGUGGUACUGUGUCCCAGCAUAUGUUCAUGAAGGCCCUGUCACUCAGGAAUAUGGCCGAUAUGAUUUCGAGGAAGGAAUUCGAUGCGGUCUGUAAAGCAUUUGGGUUCGAGAGAGGUAUGAGGGAUGAAGUGGACUACAGAGCGUUUAUGAAGCUCCUGGACAUUUUACACGCCAAUGAUAAACAUCUACCGUUCUAAAUUAUCAUUAAUAAAUAUUUUAAGGAAAUUUAAGCAGGUAUACUUCUCUGCUUCCGUGUUCCAUCUGUUCAUUAUUUGUCUUUUGAAAAAUAUUAUUUUUUUAAAAUAAAUAAAAGUAACAAAAUACAAAGUGUUACUUCUUUAUUUUCGAUUUGUCAUUUUCAAAAAAGUAUUUAAAGUAUUUUGCCCAACAAUAAAUAAUUCCAAAGGAGCAAUACACUGACGUAGUCAUCAGGGGUAAAAAAGGAAGCGUUUUCGACAAUCCUAAAAAACUAUGGAUAAAAUUUUCGUAAAGAAACAAAGGUACUAAGGAAAACAAGUAGAAACUUUCG